AUGUUCAACAGACACCUUGCUUUUGCGGAACUUAGUUGGUAUAAUGACAGAAGCCGACGAUUUGCUCAAGUGGUUGCAAUAUUAAAUAGCAAUUAUUUUGAUGAUCAAAAGGUUUUUACACUGAAGUUCACCGACGCAUUUUCGACUGUGUUUCUAUCGUUUUGGGAUGCUAUUGCUUUCGAUCCCACUCUCAGUGCUCUAUCGGUUUCAAAUGUGAGCCAAUCCCAACUGAAAGCUUUGGCCAUACAGCUUUGGCGACUCGCUCCGAACUCACAAAGGCUGUCAAAGCUCAUCUCAAACGAGCUGGAAAGUGUUAGCAAUGGACUGCCGGGAUGGUCCACCGUUGUUGUAUGUCACACAAGCAAAUAUGGAUGGGAAAGACGACUUGAAACGGCUUUAGAGAUCAUGCAUAAUGCUCUCCCACCUCCUGAUACCUUAGAUCCAGUCAUAUUUGAAGAAGAAAGAGCUCGUUACCAAUUGGAUAUAUUUAACGCUGUAGAUCAACCAUUACAAGUUCUCGCCAGGUGGAGGGGAACGAUAGCUAGACAACCAGCGGACUGUGACUCUUUGUCUUUUCAUCCGGUAAUAGCUGCUCUCCGCCAAAUUCGCGAAGAAUUACAGAAGACAUUGAGUAAAACUCGGGAAAAACCUAUGGCUUACCGCCAGAAAGCCAGCCUAUAUUUCUCUAUGUGCAGCGAAAUGCGGUCAUUUUGCGAAAUGACGGAGGCAAUCGUUCCAACAAUACGCAUUUUGGACACUGAUGAUCUUUGGAGGAAUUUUGACUCGUCAAAGCUCCAGGUCAUUCUCGCACAACUUCGAUCAUUCGCCGUUAGCGCCAAUAAUUUCCGAAAGAUGAUCACUUCCAAAUUCGGUUCAUUUGUUGAUGUGUCCGUGACAUUCCUACAAGGUGUCGAUGUAUUCCUUUGUGCAGUUCAUGAAGUUUGUGACAUUAUCGAGACCGCUGAACGUCGUGCCGAGCUCCAUGUCUCCUUUAACUUCCCUGUGGAAUUCGAGCUGGAGCCGUCAUUGGAAGGAAUUGAGAACACGGAGCUCCUUACAUGGUGCUGCUGUGAUGUUUCGCCGAUGCCACUUCGUUUGAAAGCUGCUAUAAUACGACGACGCAUUGCAUCAUCCGUAAAUCCUCAAUUCGACCUUGAAUGGGUGAGACAUCAGUGGCAGAGAUGGUAUGAGCGGAAUAUUGCUAAAUCUGUGGAAAAAGACUACAUCUAUUUGACAAAGACCGAAGAGGAGAAAGAUAAGCUCGAUCGCGAACAAGAGCGAGAAAUCUUAUCUGAGUCGGAAUUAGCAUCGUUACUUGUGGAGGAACGUGAAAUUUCGAAUAGCGAUGUAGAUUCCAACUAUUCAAUUGCUCUGCUAUGGCUGCGACGUAUUCUGUGCGGUGUACGAUGUUUCCAAGGCGAACUCUCUUCAUUCACAUUUGAUUCUGACCUUAGUUUGAUGUAUCAAAUCAUUACCAGAGUUUAUCAUAAUCCUGAUGGUGUUAUUGAUGUGUAUCGGACAGCCUCAUUGGCGCAAUUCCUUCGUGCAUCCGAAAUUAUGAACGUACUUCAGAAACGUACACGAGUAAUUAGAGAAAAGUGGCCAGAGCAAAUGUCUCUGAAACUUAUUCUGGAAGCGAUUGAUAACUUCUUAAAUGCUCGAUUGUCCGCCACCCAUGUUAAAAUGACUAAGCUAGUUGAGAACGUUAUAGAGCAAUGCGAAGAAUGGAACAAAGUGGCAGAUAGGGCAAAUAGUUUGCAAAAUGAACUCGUUCCUCUGCGAGAGUUGAUGGUCGAGUGGAGGAAAAUGGAGGUUCGUUCUUGGAGAGAUUUGUUGAAUCGCGUCGUAGAGGAUGGACGACUUCAAGCGCAGCUUGUCGCUUUCCCACUUUUCGAUGCAAUGUUCAAGGUUAAAGAACUGGAUGACCAGAGAGCUCUCAUAGCAAUGGCGACGGAGUGGAUCACUAAUGCAACUCUUUUGGAUUAUGUCACCCGGAUUAGAAGUGUACAUUGCUUGGCGCAGUGGGCUAAUCAUCUUCAUCAUCCUUCGAUGGCGCUUCAUCUGCACUCUAUCGCAGCUCAUUUUGAGCAGUAUCUACUGGCAGUUGAUUUGAAAAUUCGCGACGCUAGGGAGCCAGCUGAACAGUCCCUCAGGGAUUAUGUGAAAAUUGUCAAGUACAAUGAUCUUAGUCUGUGGAAUAUAAAGGUUUCAUCGCAGAAAGCACGAACACAUUUGUACAAGAUAGUUCGGAAAUUUCGAGAAGCACUUAGUGUUCAAACAUCAUCAAUUUUCGAUACUCUUGUACCUAUGAGUUGUGCAAAUAUUCCUGUUGCUCCCUGUUUGGCUGAGGUGAAAGUUGGUGGUCGUGUCCAUAAGGCCCGACAACUAGCAGAGGACAUCUGUGUAGCUGUUACAAAGCUUUGUGAAACUACUGGAAUAGUGCAGCUCACUGAGCAAGCAAAAUCUUGUGAUGUAGCUGUUCGUACGCAGAUCAACUAUCAUGGGGAAGAUAGCGAGAAGGAAAAGCAACAAGGUUAUGCUCGCAAUUCUCGCCAGCGGUCAGUAGCAAUGGUCAUCAAGGAAUUGCAAGCAUUAGGAUUAAAUGCGCGCAAAGCAGCAGUCUUGAACCGAGAAGUAUUGACUCGGAGUUCACUCACUGAGGUAGCGAGCCAUCGGGCCGAGGAAUUGUCUGUUCGUAAAUGUGCUGGCGGUCGAAAUGCCUGCAUCCGGAAAUCAUUAUUGUCUAACAACCAGUUGGGAGUUGCUACACGAAGACAUUUGGAAGGAGUUGUUGAUUACGGCAUGUCAUGGAUUAUGAAAUGUCAUAAAACUCUUGUGGAUUGGGAAAAAUUUUGUAACUUGUUUACUCUUAAGACACAUGCUCUGGAGCGGAUUCAGUCAAAUGCUGAGGUUGGAUGGUUUGUCAACCACGAACAGAUGUCAUUGUCAUGGAACUUUCUUCACUUGCGAACGACUAAGUUGCUUAGGCUAAUCGAGAUGAUGCGGCGACGAAUUGCACAUGUUCCCGAUACAGAUGUUGAUGAACAAGAGGUAAAGGAAUACGAACACCCGUUAUCCCGUCUACAUGCUCAGAGCCCUGAACUAGAAAGGUUGCAAAAGAAUGUUAAUGAGGCGUAUUCUUUAUCGCAGCAUAUGGACAAAAUAGCUUCGACACUAUUUAAGGAAUUUGAGAAGGACGUGUAUGACAAGGAAUCUAUAAUCCAACAGCUCGAAUAUCUUUCCACGGAUUGCACCAUGCUGGACGCCUUUCUGGACGAGUUACAGUGUUGGUUCGAGUUUGAAUGCACCCAAGCGAAGUUAGUGCAAAAGGAAAUUGUUGCAAAGCUAGAGGUGGAAAUUAUUGAAACGAAAACAAUCUCCAUAUCACUAGAUGGUGUACUUCUUUUUGUGCAAAGCCUCUAUAAGUCGCUCGUCGAAAACGUGUCGUUUAAUGAAAUGCGAAUAAUGGAUCGCUUGGAUUUUAUCUUGGAAGUUAUUGCAACUGCUGGUGUUUCAAAGGGAUACAUCAAUCCCAUACCUAAAAUAGAAAAGCAGGAAGGGAACUUAACCGAUGCGAGCGGAGAAGGAGGUGGAUUCGGUGAGGGCGAGGUGAGUGAUAAUGCAAGAGAUGUGACCGACGAAAUGGAGGAAAGCGGUCAGAUCGAAGGCCUUCAAGAGGACGAAUGCGAACCAGGAAAUGGCGACGCUGGUCAAAACAAAGACCCUAUUGAGAUGGACGAAGACUUCGCAGAUGACAUGCGCGACAUUGACCGUGGUGAGGCCACGGAUAUGUCGGACGAAGGCGGCGAAGAGGCGCCGCAGUGUGAGGAUAUGUUAGGAGAGGUUGAUGAGGCCGAUGACCAACAAUUGGAUCCUAAACUCUGGGACGACGAGAAAAAGGAUAAAGAUCCGAGAGAAUACGUUGCUGGGAACACAGCGGCUGAUAAUAAAACCGACGAACUUACUGCAAAUGAACAUGGUGCCGUCGAGACGGAUGAAAAACCUCCAGAAGGCGAGGACGAAAAAGAUUGUUGUGAGCAACAAAUGGAUGCAGAGGAUGUGAAUGGACAAGAAUACGAUCAAGUCCAAGAAUUGGAAAUGAUGCAGGACGAUCCGUCUACGGAAUUUGGUGAUGAAGAAAUUCAAGAUGCUCAAGAAGAUAUAAUGAGUGCGGAUAAAACAGAGAACAAUUCUACCGAUAGUGAAAUGGAAAACGAUGACGAGAACAAUGCGGGAGAGGUGGACGAUAGCGAAGAAGUGAGCCAAAUUACUGAGGAAGCCAAUACCAUGAAUAGUGAGUUAGAUGGAAGAGAAACUGAACAUAACACUACUGAGUUGGAAACAAUGCAGCAAGGAACUGGAGGAGAGCAAAAAAAUCUGGAAGCAAGUGACAAAACUGGUGAUACCAAUGAAGACAGCGGAGAAUGUCAAAAUGACGAAGAAGAAGGAAACAGCAAAAAUGACGAUCGUGGAGAAAAGGGAAAAUCUGUGAAGUCUGGGCAUGACAAUGAGGGAAAGGAUGAAGAAGGAAAAGAAAAAACUAGUGAAAAAGAGAAUGCAACGGAAAAAAAGCGAGAACUAGCUCAUGCGGCUGAGGAUGUAGAGGAUAAAGCAAAGGGUGAAGGCGAACUGGACGAUUCUGGCAAUCAAAUGCAAGAUUGCUCAUCCGCCGAAAUACAGAUGAUCGGACCGGGGUCGUUGGAAGAGGCUAUGGAAUCGGCUAAGGAUUACGCAACAAACAGAUCAAAGUCGAACAUAGAGCCAUUGUGCACUGGUGAAGAAAAUAACAAUGCUCCUCUAGAAAACGAUGAUAAUGCUGAGAAGGUGUAUCAAGCCUCAAUUUACCUUGCCUCCGAGCAAAUGUUCAACUUGGUAGAGGACUUUACGAAAGAACUAACAGUUAGUUCAACGGGCGUAGAGAAGGCAACUGGAGAUACGAGAUGUGAUGAUUCUAAUGAUUUAUCAGAAGCAAAAAACGAAUGGGCACAGAUGAGUCGGACUGUGGAGAUUCUUGCAGCUGAAUUGGCAGAAAAUUUACGUCUUAUUCUCGAGCCGCAAAGAGUUAGCAAGAUGCAAGGUGACUACCGAACCGGAAAACGGUUGAACAUGCGUCGACUAAUUCCUUAUAUAGCUAGUGAUUACAGGAAAGACCGAAUUUGGAUGCGAAGAACAAAAAAGGCACAACGAGAAUACCAGAUUGUAUUUGGACCUAAUUUUCAGGUCUUAAUCGCUGUAGAUGAUUCUGCAAGCAUGAACGAAAAUGGAAUUCAUCAGGUUACCUGUGAAUCCGUGUGCAUUAUCGAAGACGCAUUGCGUCGAUGCGACGCAGGCGCGGUUUCGGUGUGUUCAUUUGGAAGUGAUGUGAAGAUCAUAAACGCUUUUAGUGACCAUAUGAUGUACGGACCGGAAUUUCUUCAAAAGUUAACAUUCAACCAAUCGUCAACAGAUCUGGUUUUGCUCCUGAAUUCAUCACGUCAGAUACUCUGUGAUGUUCGAACCCAAACAAGUGAACAGCUGCUUAUUAUUAUUUCUGAUGGAAGAGGAGCGCUGGCACAAGGAGCCGACAAGGGGGUGGUAGUGCUGUUUGUGAUUCUUGAUUCUGGACCGAAGUCCAUAUAUGACCUUUCAGUUGCAACCUUUCAAAGAGAAAACGUGAUUCUGCGGCCGUAUUUGGAAACUUUCCCAUUUCCGUUCUACGUUGUCGUGAAGGCAAUCACCCAACUUCCCUCCGUUCUGGCUGAGUCCAUACGGCAGUGGUUUGAAAUGACAGUGCAGAAUAUUUCUGUAUAA